AUGAGUUAAUGCCCUAUAGAGCAUCAUGAUUAAUAAAAAAUCAAAUAUAUCUGUAUUGAUCCAAAAUGUACCCACGAAUAAAAAUUAGGCUGUGCUGAUUGUUUUUUAGAAAAUCAUAUUUCAUAAAAUCCAUAGAGUCAUAGUCAUACAAGAGUUCAAAUAUCGAAGUUUGAGGAGGAUUUGAAUUCAAAAAUAUUAAAUGUAAGAAAUCUUCAAAUAGAACCAAUCACUAAUGAUUCUAGUUAAUUUGAUGAAGAUUUUAAUAUAUGCUUAAAUUAAGUAGCAUCAAAGCUCAAUAAUUUUAAAGAUGAGCUAAAGAAAGAAAUGAAUAAUGAUGUAUUGAGUUUUGAUGAUCAUGUUUAUGAAUUCAAAAACACAAUCCAAAAUUAAAUUGAUCCAAUACUUCCAUGUCAAAAUUCUACUGUUUUUACUUGUACUCCAGAAGAAUUAUCAAAAGCUAUUUCAUUUUACUAGGAUUCAGAUUAAUUAUCUUAAGUCAUCUAAAAAUAAAUUGAUUAAAUUGAAAACCAUAGAGAAAAAGUUUAACAAAAUAAAUAAAAAAUAACCUCUAAAUUACAAAAUGUAGUUGAUUAAAUGUUGAGAUAAUUAGACGAAUAUUAGGUCAAGAAUUCUAAUGGUGAGAUUUAGGGAACUCCGGAAAAAGUCAAUGUAUCUUAGACAGCUAUUUUCUUAAGUGCAAGUAGUACAACUCAAUCCCCACCUAUAAAGACAAUAAUAGAUGCUGCUAGAUCGCGAAAAACUAUUUUUCCCUAAACCUAAUAAUAGUAAUAGUAAUAAAAAAAAGGAAUACGAAAUAAAAAUUGA